ACAAAUCUUCAGGUGUAUCAUGGUCUUUACCAUCUCCCAUAAAAGAGGAUGGAAAAAUAUCAUCCCAAUCAACUGCUGUAGUAGUUUUACCCAGAAGUACGAAUACUGAGUCCUUAACAAUUUUGGAUAAUCGAACAAAUAAAAUUUAUGAAGUUCCAAUCACAAAUAAUACCAUUCCAGCUAUUAAAUUUAAAGAGAUAAGUGCAAAUGGUGGACCUGGAUCUCGUGAAGAAGAUGAAAGUAAUAAAGGAUUAAGAGUAUAUGAUCCAGCAUUUCAGAAUACGGCUGUUUGUCAAUCUAAAAUUACUUAUAUUAACGGUGACGGUGGAGUUUUGCGUUACCGUGGAUAUCCAAUUGAACAAUUGGCAGAAAAAUCCACAUAUUUAGAAGUUGCAUAUCUUCUUAUUUAUGGAGAACUUCCUUCCAAAUCUCAAUAUUCUAUUUUUAGUCAUGAAGUCAUGCAUCAUACUUUUGUACAUUUUAAUGUGACUGAGUUAAUGCGAAAAUUUAAUUAUGACGCUCAUCCCAUGGGGAUGUUCAUUAGUGGUAUUUCGGCUUUAAGUACUUUUCACCCUGAUGCGAAUCCUGCUUUAGCGGUAAAUGGAUCCGAUUUAUUUAAACUUAAUGAAACGGCCCGAAAUAAACAAAUUUUUAGAUUACUGGGUAAAACACCAACAUUAGCAGCGUAA